AUGGAUAAAUAUCAUAACGAGAAAAGUAAUUCAUUUCCAGUUUCAGACGCUGAAUAUGCUGAGGGACUGCAAUUUCAGGAAGCACUAAUGGAAUCUGUAAUCAUUUCUCAAAUCAAGAACAAUAGCUACCCACCAUUACCAGCUGCACACACUCAUAAUUUGAGCGGAAAGAAAAGUAUAGAAAUCGGUCAAUCCUCGCAAAGUUUCUGCGAAAUCUGCGCGGAAAGAAAAGAAACGAACGAGAUGUUUCCGACAGAAAGCUGCAUACAUUCUUUCUGUUCAGAAUGUAUCGGCAAAUACGUCGUUUCAAAGAUUCAAGAAUCGAAUACUAUAUUUACUUGCCCUGGAAGUAACUGUAAAGCAGUUCUUGAACUCGAUAUUUGCAGGACUAAGCUAGCAAAACGAGUGAUCGAUCUUUGGGAGGAAGCGCUUUGUAAAGAGACGACGAAUCAGUGGCAGAAAUUUUACUGUCCGUUUAAGGAUUGUUCUGCGAUGCUAUUGAAUGAUAAUAUUAAUAAUGGAGAAAAGGCGGUGAUGAGGGAAUGUGAAUGUCCGUUCUGCCAUAGAUUGUUUUGUGCGGAGUGUAAUGUUCCGUGGCAUUCGGGCGUUGAGUGUGGAGUGUUUCAGAGAUUGAAUGAGGAUGAGAGGAAAAGGGAAGAUUUGAUGGUAAUGGAACUUGCUAAACAGGAGAAAUGGAGUAGAUGUCCUAAGUGUAGAUUCUAUGUUGAAAGAAUAGAAGGCUGCUCCCAUAUGGUUUGCAGAAUUAGGCCAGAGUAUGAUUUUAACUCUAGUAUUAUGAAAUUGGAGUUAUAUAUUGAUUAUACAAUUCGUGUUAUACUCAAUUGCAGGACUGUUAUGGAUGCGGAUUGA